AGUUUAAUAACCAAAAGAAAAAAAAAAAGAAAAUUUCCCAUCCCGGCAUAUCCUUUAAUGGCAACAAAACCCUAAAAAGGGUUCUUGUAAGAACCAAUCGCCGCCGGAUUUUAUCUCAGCCGUUAAACUCUUUUUUCCUUUUAUAUAUAUAAGCUUAUUUUUUUAACUCUCUUCGACCUUUCUCCUUUUUCUAGCUAUUGCCCUGUAUCUUUAGCUCUUAAUUUUUCUUUUUGCUGUUGCUGAUAUCAAACUUGAAGGAUUUUUAAAUUGGGCUACUUUUUAAUUUUUUUUUAUCUUCGUUUCGAUAAUCUUAAGGAGAUGGGUGAUUAAAGUUUUGAUCUUUGAGACCCUUUAGGUAGCUUAAAGUUAGCAUCUUUGAAGUUUGUAAAUAUGGGUUUAGGUGUAGUAGUCUAGAAAAGUUUUGGAAAUUUUGGGUUUGGAGUCUGGUUAUUGGCUUUGGGUAGUGAUCAUUUCGGGAGUUCUGGUAGAUGUAAUUAUCAGUUAUUGUGUUUAAGGAUGUUAUCUGAACUGGGCAGGAGACCGAUGAUACAAAAUAGUGAAGGAUCAUUUGGGGAUGAUUUGGAGGAGAUAGACCUUUUGCUCCGUGAACAGCGUUGCAGGCAAGACGCUGAUGAUCUCGAACGUGAGCUAAACUUGUACAGAAGUGGCUCUGCGCCUCCUACCGUGGACGGCUCACUGAGUGCAGUUGGCGGGUUGUUUGGGGGAGGAGCUGCUGCUUCUGGUGGUAGUGGGGCUACCCCCUUUUCAGCUUUUCAUGGGAUAAAAAAUGGAAAUGGGUUUGCGUCGGAGGAAGAGCUUAGGUCUGAUCCAUCAUAUCAUUCAUACUAUUACUCAAAUGUGAAUCUCAACCCGAGGCUUCCACCCCCUUUGCUUUCCAAGGAGGAUUGGAAGUAUGCACAGAGGUUGAAAGGAGGGAAUUCAGUCAUAGGUGGGGUUGGAGAUAGGAGAAAAAUUAAUAGGGUUGAUAAUGGUAGUAGUAGGUCGAUGUUUUCGACGCCACCAGGGUUUGAUUCAAGGAAACAAGAGAUUGAAGUAGAGGCAGAGAAGGGUCGUAGCUCAGCGGAGUGGGGUGGCAAUGGACUGAUUGGUAUAUCUGGUAUCGGACUUGGAAGCAAACAGAAAAGCCUUGCUGAAAUUUUUCAGGAUGAUUUGGGACACACUGCUCCAGUCGCAAGGAUACCAUCUCGUCCUGCCAGCUGUAAUGCUUUUGAUGAGAACCUUGAGAAUGGAGGUUCUGCUGAACUGACAUCUUCAGAUACUUUACGGUCAAGUGUGAAUCUUCAAGGAUCAUCUGCAGUCCAUAACAUUGGGCCACCUACUUCAUACACUUAUGCUGAUGCUGUAGGGGCUUCCUUGUCUAGGAGUACUACUCCUGAUCCACAACUUGUUGCUAGGGCUCCUAGUCCUUGUCUUACACCUAUUGGAGGAGGCAGAGUUGGUAACUUGGACAAAAGAAGCAUAAAUAGUCCAACCACAUUUGGUGGUAUCACAUCUGGUCUCAAUGAGUCUGGAGAUCUGGUAGCUGCUAUGUCUGGCAUGAAUCUGUCAUCUAAUGGAGUGAUCGAUGAAGAUAACCAAUUACCGUCACAGAUUGAACAAGAUGUUGAAAACCAUCAGAAUUAUUUAUUUGGCCUUCAAGAUGGUCAGAGUCAUAUCAAACAGCAGGCGUACUUGAAGAAAUCUGAAUCUGGCCAUUUACAUAUGCCUUCAGCUAACGGUAAUGGGGUCAGGUCAGACCUCAAAAACCCAUCCUUGCUAUCUGAAAGGCAAGCUCAGCUCCAGAAAUCUGCCCUUCCCUCUAACAAUUCUUACUUGAAAGGACCACCUACUUCCACACUCAAUGGUGGAGGCAGUUUACCUGCUCGGUAUCAGCAUAAUGUGUUAAGUGGUUACUCUCUAAAUCCUGCUUUAGCUUCUGUGAUGGCUAGCCAACCUGGAACUGGUAAUCUGCCACCACUGUUUGAAAGUGUUGCUGCUUCGUCAGCUAUUGCUGUCCCUGGAAUGGACUCCAGAGUGCUUGGAAGAGGUUUGGGAUCUGGACAAAGCAAUUCAAAUGCUGCUUCCGAGUUGCAUACUUUUGGUAGAGUUGGAAGCCAAAUAGCAGGGAAUGCUCUGCAGGCGUCUUUGAUUGAUCCUAUGUAUCUUCAGUAUCUGAGGACUUCUGAUUACACUGCAGCACAGCUUUCAGCUCUUAAUGAUCCCUCCAUGGAUAGGAACUUCCUGGGUAAUUCAUACAUGAACUUGCUUGAGCUUCAAAAAGCUUAUCUUGGAACUCUGCUAUCACCUCAGAAAUCUCCUUAUGGUGUUCCCUUAGGUGCUAAAUCUGGUAGUUCUAAUAUUCAUGGUUUUUAUGGAAGCCCCACUUUUGGAGCUGGCAUGUCGUAUCCGGGAAGCCCCUUAGCAAAUCCUGUUAUUCCCAAUUCUCCAGUUGGACCUGGUAGUCCUAUGAGACACAGUGACCUGAAUAUGUGUUUUCCUUCCGGGAUGAGGAAUCUAGCUGGGGGUGUCAUGGGACCCUGGCAUUUCGAUGCAGGAUGUAACAUGGAUGAAAGCUUUGCCUCCUCCCUACUUGAAGAGUUUAAAAGCAAUAAAACAAAGUGUUUUGAACUUUUGGAAAUUGCUGGUCAUGUUGUUGAGUUCAGCGCGGAUCAGUAUGGCAGCCGAUUUAUUCAGCAAAAGCUUGAAACCGCUACCACGGAAGAGAAAAAUAUGGUUUAUGAGGAGAUCAUGCCUCAAGCUCUUGCUUUGAUGACUGAUGUCUUUGGUAAUUAUGUCAUUCAAAAGUUUUUUGAACAUGGACUUCCAGCUCAGAGAAGAGAACUUGCUGACAAGCUUUUUGGCCAUGUUUUAACACUAAGUCUUCAAAUGUAUGGUUGUCGGGUGAUCCAGAAGGCUAUAGAAGUUGUUGAUACGGAUCAGAAGAUUAAAAUGGUUCAAGAGCUUGAUGGUAGUGUUAUGCGUUGUGUACGUGAUCAGAAUGGCAACCAUGUCAUUCAGAAGUGUAUCGAAUGUGUUCCUGAGGAGCACAUUCAAUUUAUAGUUACAACGUUUUUUGAUCAAGUUGUGACCCUUUCCACUCAUCCAUAUGGGUGCCGAGUGAUACAGAGGAUACUGGAGCACUGCAAGAACCCAAAAACACAGAAUAAGGUUAUGGAUGAGAUUUUAGGAUCUGUUAGCAUGUUGGCACAAGACCAGUAUGGCAAUUAUGUUGUCCAGCAUGUGCUAGAGCAUGGAAAGCCUCAUGAGCGUUCAAUUAUAAUAAAGGAGUUAGCUGGAAAGAUUGUCCACAUGAGUCAGCAGAAGUUUGCCUCUAAUGUGGUUGAGAAGUGCUUAACUUUUGGUGGUCCUGCUGAACGACUGUUAUUGGUGAAUGAAAUGCUUGGUUCUACUGAUGAGAAUGAACCUCUACAGGCAAUGAUGAAAGAUCAGUUUGCAAACUAUGUGGUACAGAAAGUACUCGAGACUUGUGAUGACCAGCAACGUGAGCUGAUCCUUUCUCGAAUUAAGGUCCAUUUAAAUGCAUUGAAGAAGUACACUUACGGAAAGCAUAUUGUUGCGCGUGUAGAGAAACUUGUUGCUGCUGGGGAAAGGAGAAUUGCCGCGCAGUCUCCACGCCCUGCUUAGUCGGUGUAGGAAAGAAUGUAUUUGCAGUUGUACAGCUAACAGAAGCUUAUAUGAGCUUCCCCAUCUUCCUUUUCGUAUGGUAUCUAGAGCUAUGGUUCAAGUUUGAGUUUUAGACAGGUAAGAGAUAUAUGGAAAUAAAAUUGUUGAUUGUACUCGGAACUGUACAUUGUGUAGCUUUAAGGGUUUUAUACAUAGAAUCGAGUAUCGAGCAAAGCCGAGGUUUGAGCUGUUGAAGACAUACAACUGAUGUUGAUGCCCCUGCAGAAGAGUUAAAAUGAUUGAUACAAGUUUUAAGGGUGUAAAAAGAAUUUUAAAGGGCUGAGGUAGUUGUAGCUUAAUAUGAAUUUAUAAAGGGACUGUACAAAGUCAAAAAUUGUUGGCAUGUUAAGAUCUGUUGAUGUUUUUAGUUGAGGCCACACUUUUUCCCCCUGCAA